AUGCACGCCUCCAAAGUCAUCGCUCUCCUUGUCGCCUUUACAGGUAUCACGAUGGCCUUACCAGCUCCUGCUCCAGCCCCGGAACCAGAGUUGGAACCCAGGUGGGGUAUGAAAUACCGUCUGCUCAAAUUAAAGGGGAUUGAUAAGUUCCACGGGGCUGGACGAUAA